AUGGUUCACCAUCUGGACCAGUGUACCAUACGUGAAGGUGAGAACACCUUGGAGUGGUGGAGUCCAGGAGCAGAGAAGGAGCCUCUCGAAAAUACGAAAUCUGACCAGGAGCAUGGCACUGAGGAGAAGAGCAAUGGAUUCGACAUGUCAGGGGGACCGCUGCCACCAUCGAGCCUUACUGGCAUAGGGUCGGUGUUGGGCAAAUACACUUCUCUCGAGGACAUAUGCAAGCUGCCUAUUGCAAGGAAGCUGCCCACUCUGUGGAAGCACUGCACGUUGGUCGACUGGAUAGGCCCUCCAAUUCACGCCGACAUGGAUCGUCCGUACCCUGAGGGGACACUCGGCGCAGUGUACGACCCCAAGCACGGUGAAGCCGGCUUCAGGUAA